AUGUCAUUUUGUGGAUUUUUACGUAAGCACAGAACAUUGUGUUUAUUUCUUAUUCCGCCAGUAUUGCUCUUACCACUGGUCAUCUUAGGAAACUCGCAGAAGUCAAAAUGUGCCUACGGUCUUGCAUUGAUGGCAUUCUACUGGGUGACAGAGACAUUUCCGGUUGCUAUUACGGCUAUGCUGCCCAUCGUUUUAUUUCCGGUCAUGGGCGUGAGCAAAAUUGAGACAAUUUCCGGGAAAUAUUUCAAUCCAACCAUCUUUAAUUUGAUUGGAGCCCUAACUGUUGCCAUAGCAAUAGAAAGAUGGAAUGUCCACAAACGGUUCGCUUUGCGUUUGCUGCUGAUAUUUGGAACGACACCAAUGUGGUUGAUGCUAGGAUUUAUGCUGGCUACCUUCUCUCUGUCUAUGUGGUUGCUGAACAUUCCAACAACCGCCAUGAUGGUUCCUAUAGCACAAGCAGUGCUCACGCAGCUCCUGUCCAACAAAACAACCAGAGACCAGAACAACACAGUGCACGAGAUUCUUGAAACGAAGACUAUUGCGUUACUGAAAUCUCACCAAUACCAAAAGGAACAAUUUGGGCACUACUUUACCAAAUUUUAUGGAAUUCAGUUUUUGAGAGGCAUCCGGAAAAAGUUCGGGAACUACAAAGACACAACGUGCAGAGCUAACGGAGGUGACGCUGUUAUUUCUGAUGUGUCAAGCGUGGAACUGAACCUAGAUAAGACGACUGAAAACGAUGUAGGUUCUUGUGCUUUAAAUAUUACAACCAAGACAACUGAAGAGUUUGACUUUGACGCUCUAGACGAGGAAUCUCAGAGCAUUUGCAAGGCUACAAUGCUCGCCAUCUGUUAUGCUGCAAACUGUGGAGGAAUUGCCACAUUGACAGGAACCGGAACUAACCUUGUCAUGAAGGGACACGCUGAUCUGAUAUCGGAUGGCGAGUCCGGAAUAACGUUCGCCACGUGGUUUGUUUUUUCUUUUCCUGUUGCCCUCAUCAACGUUCUGCUGGCAUGGCUGUGUCUACAAGUUUUCUUCUUCGGAAUACGAUCUCUAUUUCGGUCCCGUAACACUGGAAAUAGCGAAAGGGUUAAACGGUAUAUUAAGCAGCAGUAUCAUCAGCUCGGUAACUUAAGUUUCCCGGAGAAAGCAGUGUUGUUACACCUUGUGGCACUGGUCCUUGCAUGGUUCACGAUAAAUCCAGAAUUCUUCCAAGGCUGGGGGUUCUUAUUUCGUGUCGGAUAUCUGAGUGGUGCAGUACCAGCCAUGUUUAUCGCUAUUCUACUGUUCGUCAUUCCGAGCGGGAUAGAGAAGAAUGAUGUGAGUAAUCCGUCACGUGCGAACUUACUGGACUGGAAAACAUUUAAUAAAAAGUUUCCUUGGGAAGUGACGUUACUUAUUGGUGGCGGGUUUGCUCUUGCGCACGCAUGUAAGGAAUCAGGACUUUCGCUGUGGCUCGCCCACCAGAUGACUGCGUUAAUUGGCGUUCCCACUUGGAUAUUGGUAUUCAUUGUCUGUUUGAUCUGCUCCCUUUGUACAGAAGUUGCCGGUAACAUCGCUAUCUGCAGUAUAUUUAUGCCUAUCCUGGCCGAUCUGGGGAAAGGAGUCGGCAUCAAUCCGAUAUUCUUCAUGCUUCCAGCUGCUAUUUCUACGUCUUUUGCCUUCAUGUUACCGGUCUCCACCCCACCAAAUACUAUCGCUUUCUCCUACGGAUACUUUAGGAUUAUAGACAUGGUCAAGGUCGGUUGGUUUUUGAACGUGUUGUGUGUAAUCGUCGUUUCUGUGGCAGUGAACACUUGGGGAAUGAUAUACUUCCGAUUUGAUGUACUUCCUGAAUGGGCAACAUUGUCGGAUAUGACAUUUUUAAACUCUACCAGUUCAACAUAUACUAGCAUUUUAAAUUUUACACAGGCAGCGACUAUUAAAUAG